AUGAAUGAAGAAGAAUUAAUCAAUAUAACAGCUAUUAUUGAGAAAACAAAUAAUUAAAAAAUCAUUUAGACUUUAAAUGAGUUCAAAGAUACAAUUGAAAGUUUGAAUAACAUAGAUGGGAAUAAUAAAUUUAUGAAGAAAUGUUUAAAUAUUAUUUAUAAUGAUGUACUUUCAAAAAUUGAUGAAUUAUCUAAUAUGGAAGAGUGUAGGAGAAUUUCAAUAAAUUUGGCUUUCGAACUUUAAAAAAUAAAAUAGGUUACUGAGAUGUUACCUUAUAUCAAUAAAAAACCAAAAAAUACAAUUUUUAAUGAUGAGGAAUUCAUGAAUAUUCCAAACAUAGAAAUAAUCAAAUUGGAUUAACCAGACAAAAUUAAAUAACAAUUAAACAACUUUUAUUCAAAAAUAUCUUUAGGACAUGCAUACGUUGGUACUGGGAAAUAGCAUCAAUUCCAAGCUAUGUAAUGUUUUGUUAAGAAUUUGAAGGCUCUUUAUUAUAUCUCAAACUAGGAAGAAACCAAACUUGCUGCCACACAAGCAAUCACAAAUCCUACUCUUGAACAUGCAUUGUAGAUAUGGAGAAUUAUUGAUGAGUCAAAAAUAGUAAAAGCGGGGUUUAAAUUACAAUUAGAAAAAGUUAAAUUAAAGAAAAUUAUCUAUAUUCCAAGACUAUUCAAUCAAAUAACUUUAGAUUCUUUACAUAAUUUUAAUACCAAUUCGACUGACAUUCCAAAUAACUAGCUUUAUGAAAUUGCAUUCAGAAGUAUCAGAAAGAAACAAAAUGGAAAUGACAUUAGGGUUAGAGUCAUGUGUAAUAAAUAAGUCUUUAAGCAUAAAGUAUCUAAUGGAGAUAUUGUGUAAGUGGUGAGAAGAUUGACAAAGAGUGAGUUUUAGAUGUAAAAGACUUAACAUAUUUAAUAAUUACAAUAGCCAUUGACAUUUUUUGGUGAAAGUUGUGUUUCAUCAAGAACAGAUAUCAGAGGAAUGGGAUUAAAUGCUAUAUCAAAUAUCAUAGUACAUAUACAUGGUGGAGGAUUCAUCUCAAUGUCCUCGUUUUCUCAUUAAUCAUAUACAAGAAAAUGGGCUAACUAAUUAGAUAAUACAGUUGUCUUUUCAAUUGAUUACCGUUUAGCCCCUGAAUUUCCUUUUCCUUAGGCACUUGAUGACUGCUGGCAAUAUUACAUGUGGAUAAUCCAUUUUGGUUCUGCCUACUUCAACAUAUGUCCAAAAAAUAUCAUUUUGAUGGGAGAUUCAGCUGGAGGUAAUUUGGCAUUGGGAAUUGUCAUCAGAGCAAUAGAAACCAAUUAAAGAAUUCCAGAUAAAGUUAUCUUAUAAUAUCCAGCUCUUAAUUUGAAUCUGUAAGAUGUAGUUCCUUCUAAUCUCAAAAGCAUGAAUGAUUAGAUAAUACCUAUGGGAUUCUUAAUGUUGUGUAGAUAAAGCUAUAUAAAAGAUGAAUCUGAUAUAGCCAAUGAUUAUUAUUUGUCUCCUAUUCAAACUCCUUAGGAAAUUAUUCAACAAUUUCCCAAAGAUUUUGUCAUUUUUGUGGGUUCAGAGGAUGUAUUAUUGGAUAAUUCUGUUGAAUUUGUUCAUUGCUGUAAAAAUAAUGGAUUGGAAAGUAUCAAACUAAAGGUUUUUGAAAGUCUUCCUCAUGGGUUUUAGAAUAUGGACAUAAGAUACAAUGGAGUGAGGGCUGCUAAUUCGGCAAACACUCAAAUCAUAGAUUAGAUUAAAUAAUUUAUUAUUUGA